GCCAGCGUUGUAGGUGGUGUGCGUGGCGCGGGGUGCGCGGAUAUACGUGUUGCCUACGAUUAUUUUUCUUCGCGUGCGUUAACCGCGUUUAUUUACGUAGCGUCGCGACGCAGUGCGGAGACCCGGAUCCGCGACGCCGCCGCCGCCGCCGCCCGCCCGCCGUUCGACGCGACGAGGGGGUUAACAACGCCGGGAAACGCCGCUGCCGCGCGCGUACGCACGCAACCGGGAAGACCGCCGCCGAGAUCUCGGACUUCUCGGACGCGCUUCGCCACUCGCGCGGUACUCGCACGUCUAAAUGCGACCGCCGUUCCCGCGGAGGUUGUUUACAGGUAGCCCCGCGCCGUCGUAAGGCCGUGACCGUCAGACGGUGGUGUCCGCGUGGCGCGUGGAUUUCCCCCAGGGAACUCGACGUCGUCGUCGUCCUCGCCGUCGUCGUCGUUCCCCUCGUCAGCGACUGCAGCGCGACUCGACGCGCCGCGCUAUGCCGCGCUAAACGCGUGCACUUGUGCUGUGUUUUAUAACCUGACAACACGAGCGGAGUACUUCGUCCUGUACAUCUUAUUUAUCAUGCCGUUGCAUCUUUGACGAAACAUUAUCAAGCAUUAUCAAGCGGUUCAUACUUAAUUGAAAGAUAUCAAAAUGUGGCCGACGCAAAGUAAUAAUAAUUCUAGUGCGAACUCUGCGUCAAGCGAGAAGAACAAUUUACGCACUCUAGGGAUGACAUCAGCUAUCAGCGUGGCUGAACCCAAGCCCAUGGACAUUGCCAGAACCAACGAAUUGAAGGAGGCCCUGAAACCCUACAAUGUUUUCGAAUCUGAGGAAGAGUUGAACCAUAGAAUGGAGAUUUUAAGCAAACUGAACGCACUGGUUAAACAAUGGAUAAGGGAUACGAGUGUAGCUAGAAACAUGCCACCUAACGUGGCCGAACAAGUGGGUGGUAAAAUAUACACGUUCGGUUCAUAUAGGUUAGGUGUACAUCACAAAGGCGCAGACAUUGACGCAUUGUGCGUUGUACCGCGUCAUAUAUAUAGAACGGAUUAUUUUACGUCCUUUUUCGAAUUAUUGAAAAUGCAGGAAGAAGUCACAGAUUUAAGGGCAGUGGAGGAAGCCUUUGUACCAGUUAUAAAAAUGAACUUUGAUGGUAUAGAAAUUGACAUGCUGUUUGCAAAGUUAACACUUAAGGAAAUUCCAGAUUCAAUGGAUCUCAGGGAUGACAUGUUAUUAAAAAAUCUUGAUCAGAAGUGUGUCAGAAGUCUUAAUGGUUGUAGAGUAACGGAUGAGAUACUGCGUUUAGUACCUAAUAUAGAAAAUUUCAGAUUGGCUCUUAGAGCUAUAAAAUUAUGGGCAAAACGACAUGGCAUAUACAGUAACGUCUUAGGUUAUCUUGGUGGUGUAUCUUGGGCAAUGUUAGUCGCUCGGACGUGUCAGCUUUAUCCUAAUGCCGUGGCUGCAACUCUGAUAGAAAAAUUUUUCCUUGUAUUCUCUCAAUGGAAGUGGCCACAGCCAGUACUUUUAAAACAACCUGAUAAUGUCAAUUUAGGUUAUCCAGUUUGGGAUCCAAGAGUCAAUGUGUCAGAUAGAUAUCAUCUGAUGCCAAUAAUUACGCCAGCGUAUCCUCAACAAAACUCUACCUUCAACGUGUCCGUAUCGACUAGAACCAUCAUGCAAGAAGCGUUUGAAAACGGACUGGCCAUAACUGAGGAAAUUAUCAUGGGUAAAGCAACGUGGGACAAAUUGUUCGAGCCGCCAAACUUUUUUGGCAAAUACAAGCAUUACAUCGUAUUGUUAGCCAAAAGUGCAAGCGCGGAGGAUCAACUUGAGUGGUGCGGCCUUGUCGAGUCAAAAAUACGACACUUAAUAGGUAUGUUGGAAAGGAAUCCUCAUAUUACUUUGGCACACGUUAAUCCGGAGGGGUUUCCACCAUUGAAUCCCGAAUCCGGCAAACAGUGUUCUAUGUGGUUCAUCGGCCUGGCUUUUGCUAAAUGCGAAAAGAACGAAAAAAGCGAGAAGGGCGAGAAUAUCAACGUUGACCUCACAUACGAUAUCAAAUCCUUUGUGGAUACAGUUGAGAGGCAAGCAGAACAAAUAAAUAUGUUCAAAGAGGGAAUGUGGAUUGAAGCUAAACAUGUAAAAAGGAAGGACUUGCAUACUUAUGUAUCGCCAAGUUUGCUAAAAAAGGACAGGAAGGUUUCUAGCAGUGUGCAUCGGAACGGCAACAUUGCUGGAAAUGGAAACAGUGGUAGCGUAUCACCACGAAGUCAAGGCGAUACAAGUGGCAAGAAGAGAUUAUCAGAUCAGUCGCUCGAUGCGUGUGGAAAGAAGCGGCGAAUCAAUGAGGCGGAAGAGCAAACGGAGAAUACAACGUUAGUCAACGUUCAAUCUUGCGGAGAAGAUAGCAAUUCUGGUUUCAAUGUACAUACAGAGGAAUACAAACAGAAUCUGUCAACUAAUAAGGACGAAGGACCUACUAGUGCGACUACAGUAGCGCAAGAAGGAUUUGUAUGCACCUGAUGAUCAUCGUGGGAUUACUAUCUCACGUCAAUCCACAGAUGCUCCUCUGGAUCAUCUAGACUGUAAACAUUUCUCAUGCAACCAUCCACUGCCCACUGUAAGUCCUUCGUUUCGUAAAAGCAAAACAGCGUCACGCAAUGGAGGAAGCUGUUCAGGUGUGGAAUCAAUCAAUUGAUGACAAUUUAUGUGUUUAUGUGAGACACUAUAAUUAAUAGUAUUAUAAAGAAAAACAUCGACAGUCAAUGGGAACAAUUACGCUGGAAGCUUACACGAUUGUGCCAGUGUCUGUGAUGUCAUUUAUAUCACUGGGGUAAUAAUUUUGAAACAUAUAGUUGAAAAGAUUUGCCGCCAUGAAGGUUGAAAAUCUAUUUCGCUUGGAAACAGAAUAGCAAUCAUACUUUUUAUAUUUCCUUUUUGUAUAUAUCAUUUACAUUACUCUUUUUUUUAUCGAUAAACACUUGAACAAGAAACUUAAGAUUUGAUAAUACUUGAUGUAACAUAAUUUUACAUUUAAUUUACAUGACGAGCAAGAAUAGUUUGAUCGAGAAAAUUACAUGUAUGGAAAUUUCCGUAUUUGCGAGUGUUUCCGCAUGUUGGAAAAAAAACACAAAAUAUAAAAUAUAUUCUUAUAUAAGGUGCAUUUUUGUAAUGCACUGCGGAAUAUACUUUAAAAAAUGCAUAUGCGUACGAUUUAGUUGUAAGUAGCUCUGAUAUACCUUAUUAUUCAUAACAACGCAAAUCACGUGCCGUGAUCUGCCUGUUUAAGGUUUUGCAAACAGUACUGUACUGUUAGCGUUUUAAUACGCUUCACUGUUUGUACUAAGUAUGAACUAUUAUUUACGCGAUACUUAAUGUUGCUAUUAUUUACAAGGAUUAGGUGUUCCAUGCAAGUUGCAGAGUAGAAUAUUAUUUACUCCUGGAGCUUACCAUUGUACACAUAAAAGAAAGACACUAAUGGUUUGCUUCGUCACUUUUCGCUAUGCAACUGUAAUGCGAUCGAUAAUAUAACUGCAUUACAAGGAUCACCGACACUGGCAUAAGUCCUAGGAUGUUUCAUUUACAAAGUACGUAGAUUAGUCACUGUAAGAAGAUAAGAAAUAGAGACUUGCAAAUGAAACAUCCCAAAUAGGCCAUUGACUAUCUUAUUGACAAUUAUGUUGCGUGAGAUAGUUUCGUACGGAGCCACCUUUUAGUUUUUGCUCAGAAGCAAAGUUAUAGCUUUAACGAAUUAGAAAACGGGCUGAUUGGACACUUGGAUGAUUGAAAUCACCUGUCACCAACUGGUGAGUUUUUUUUUUCAGGUGUUCAACUGCCUCUCACUCCCACUCUCUACGGCUCUGAUCCUUGAUCCUGAUUCCGAUUACCUUCUCAUCUAUUACAGUCCUCAAUUCACGUGUUAAAGGCAUGUCCACUAAUCAUAUGCUACAAGGUAUUUGAUGUUCAUUCUUUGGUACUUGUAAACGAAAACUUGCGAAUACCGCAGUAUACGCAAAAAUCAGAGUACUUGCAAAGUAAUAUUUGCCAAGUUAAAAAUUUCAGACACAAUUCGUACUAGCAUUGAGAAUUAUAAGAAGAAAUAUCUCUCUUUCCCCGCAUAAUCGACACCGCUAACAACUCGAUUGUUAUAUUGAAAUUUUUAUUAAUUCAAUAUAUAUACAAUUUAAUAGUAACUGCUAAUUAAUUUUUAAAUAUGACAUGAAAAUCUUGAUUAUAAUACUUUGCAAGUGUCAUGAUUUAAUGUUCAGUGAUUAGGAAUCAUUCCGUUACUUGUAUAUAUUCGUAGAUGCGCCUGAGGUGGUAGGUUUCACUCUUUCAAUGCUUGUCUUGUCGAGCCAAUUUUAUUUAUUGAUCGGGAUAUAUACGUUUUCCUAUGUACUAAAAAAACAGUAAUAUCUUAUUUCUUCGCUUUUUCAUGGAUUCACGCUAAUUUCAUGCUUGAAUCUGAGAUUGAGGUAUAUUACGGUACCGUACAAGGAACACUAGGCCAGUUUAUUUGAUCGAUCAUAAAAAAGCUUUCCACACAUUAUUGACGUUACAUGACAUAAUUAGAAACGCGAUUAUCUCUCUAUGUAAAUAACUGAUCAUGAAGUCUACAGCGAAUUCGUUUAGAUACAUCAAUGUGCACAAAUGCAUCCAAUCGAAUUUAUUUUACUCGUGUAUUUUUUUUUAUACCGCCGCAUGUCACACUCGAAUUACUGUGAUCGUUAUUGCUAUUACUAAUGUCGUUUAUCCACGGUUGAAGCUUCUGUCGCUAUUCUCUUGCAUGUUUCACCAUCACUCGCGGGUUUUCCAUCACAGAACAAUUAUUUCAGCUUUGUGGAAUCGAAGUAAUGCACGCGCGCGCGUCACCAGACGAUUCUUGAUCAUAAAUGUCAUAGCAUUCGGAUCUGUUGCAAAGAAAUCUCUUUCAUCACAUUUAAUAGCACAUAUCGGUUUCCCGUGCUAUCGACUCUCAUUGCACCAAUUCCCGGCCAUCCAUUACAACACUCAUUAUCUCGAUACAUUAAACUUGCUGGGAUGUUCCAACUAAUUGUCCGUAUAUUCCUGACGUUAAUCACCGCUAUCUCUUAAGUUCUAAGGUUCAGGGAUUGUACUAUACUUUGCACGGCUUAAACGGAGAAUUUAGACGUGCGAUAAGAACGUGGGCCGUUGUUGUCGAGAUCGCUAUAAGCAGAAAGAUGAGGUACCUGUCGGCGAAUGGGGAGGCCGAGGAUCGCGAAAACAGUGAACAUCAAUGUUAUCCUUGUACGCCAAAUCUUAUCUCCUUUAUUGAUUCGAGGCUGUCAUGCGCCCGAUUCGUACCUCUUUCUCUCUCUUUCUCUCUCUCUCUCUCCCUCCUCUCUCUUUCUCUCUAUCUCGGAGAUAGAUAGACAUGUCUGUAGCACAUUUUCUCAAUCCCCCCGCAUUAGCCUCUCCCUUCUCCUGAAAAACCACCACCGUCGGCCAACGUGGACGUCUUGCAAUUUCGAUAGUGUGGCAAGGGGGGUAACAGGAAAGGAAACGCUAUGUCUCUCACCCGCAAUCUUAUCUUUUAUUAUAUAUAGAAAAAAAGGGAGAGGAAAUACGAGACAGAAACGGGGAAAUACGCUGAAGGAGAAAAGAAAGGAACGAAGCCAGGCGUUGAGGAUUUAUGUCGCGGGUAAUGCGGAAUCGAUGCACAUGAUUUUCUCGCGCGCGGAUGCUGUACGGAUCGCGCUUAGGAUCUCACGUCUUAUAUCGCGAUGGUCGAGAAACUUUUUUUUUUAAAUACAGGAUAUGAUGCGUCCGAUUACCGAGAAAUCGCGCGAAACACCGUACCGAGGACAUCUUCAUGAAUUUAUCCGCAAACAGUCGUAGCUCUCGAAAAACUCGUUCGACGAGUUAUUGUAAGAUAACUUGUAUUUGUACGUGCAUUGAUCGUACGUGCUCGUACGUGAUGCACUUCUGCGAGCAUAACGAACCGCAUAUAUAUCGAUACGUCCGCGAGAUACGCUUUCUUCAUCUCCCUUUUCCCCUCUCGAACGCUGUUUCAUUUUCCGAGCAUUCUCACUGAAAACACGAAGCAGAAUGCGCUUGGCCGCGUGUGCAUCGCCCGCAUAGAUCGCGAAUGGCUGCGUGCUCGCGCGCGAUAACGAUCACCGAUCCGUUGCGCAUCCACAAUCGGCAAUAGCACAAACGAAAAAAAAAUAGAACGAGGAAGGACAUGCAUAAUUUGUAUCCUGUGAACAUUGUACACUCUGUAUCUCUCCUGAAUAAACGAAAAUAAAUUUUUCUUUCAA